AUGAAAGUUAAAGGCGAGAAUUUAUUACGUAAUUAUCAAAAAGACGCCUCUACAAGAAGUGUUUCAGAUGACUAGGAUGAAGUCAAGCGUGUUCAAAUGAGUCCAGUCCGAGGAGAAGGUAGCUGGCGUUAAUAGUUAUCUAAUAUUUAUGGAAAAUAUGAUAGAUCAGUCUUAAUUGUGAUGUGCUUCACCUAUUUUCUUUAAGGAUUCAGAACGUUCCAAAUGCUAUCAGUCAAAGAUUUUUUCAGAUUAUAUCUAAAGUUAGAGGCUGACUACACUUAAUUUUUAGUCUCAAUGGUUAUAUUACCUUGGUCUUUCAAGAUUAUAUACGGGUUAAUUGCUGAUAACUUCCCUAUUUACGGUUCAAGGAGAAAGUCUUACAUUAUAAUUAAUGGAUUUUCUCAGUUCUUAACUCUAUUAAUCCUAGCAUUCUAAAUCACUACUGAUGAGGUAAUCGUAACUGCUCUACUUGCCCUAAAUUCAAUUAAUAUGGCAUUUAUAGAUGUUGUUGUAGAUGCGUUAGUGGUUUAGUAAUCAAGAAAAGAUUUUGACGAGGGAUCAGAAGAUCUUCAAGGUUUAAAUUGGAUUUUCAUGGGAAUAGGAGGAAUAAUCGGUUCUGUAUGCUCAGCAUUUUUUACUCAAUAUUUGGAGCCUAAAAAUGCAUUUUUGGUUGCCUCUUUCUUUGGACUUAUUAUGGUAUGCUUUGCACUAACAAUUGACGUGGCUUCAGAAUCCAUCAGUUUUACCGAAUAAGAACACAAGCAUAAGCACAUAGGCUUUAUAGCUAACCUCAAAAGAAACUGGAAAGAAAUAAAGAUAGCAGUUAAAAUGCCUGAAAUCUACAAGACUCUGAUGUACUUGAUAUGCUCUGGCGCAAUUGUUCCAGUUUUUAAUGAUAUGACAUACUUUUUCCAAUUAAACGUCAUUAAAUUCACAAAAUUUACUCAAAGUAUGAUUGGAGUUCUUGCUUUUUUUUGUCUCUUUGUUGGUGCUUUUGCUUUUACCAAAUAUCUAAGACAUUUUGAGAUAAGAUCUUUAAUAAUAUUGGGCAUCAUUAUUAAUACUACUGGAUGUGCAAUGGGAUUACUUUAGGCCCUAAGAUACAACCUAGUCUUAGGUAUUGAUGACGUAACAUUUGUAGUCUUUACAUCUACCAUAACUGAUACGCUUGGAUUGGCAUUCAUCUAACUGCCAAUGAUGGUAUUAUUUGCAAAGGUUUGUCCACCAUUUAUUGAAGCAACUGUAUUUUCUCUGCUAACUGGAAUAUACAAUUUUAGCAAUUUCACUUUAAGCCCCAUGAUUGGAGUACUCAUUAAUAGACUCUUCAUUAGAGUCUCUAACUCAAACCUUGAUGACUUUUUCAAGCUUUUGCUACUCUAAACUAUUCUUGCUCCUCUACCAUUAUUUCUUGUGAGAUUAAUUCCCUCACGAGCUCAAAUACAUAUUCUUCAAUUACAGAAUUAAGAAUAGAUUAAUGAAUUAGAAAAGUCAAACUCACUUGAAGAGGGACUUAUUGAAUAAAAAAAUGACAUAAAACCCUGA